AUGCCACACAAUCGGCAGCAAGUGCAUCCCAGGACAUCAAGAUCCUCCCAUGGAAGUAAAUCCGGACACAGCGCUCGUACAGCUGGUGUCAAGCGUCCGAGAAGUAUCAUUACUACGAAACGAAAAACGACUGCGAAAGGAAAGGAACCGGCAAGCGAGUCAGUCUAUCCCAUUUCGUUGGCCUCACCAGCUAGCAGCAUCCUGCAGUCUCCACAAACGUACAACGAGCCAACAUGUCAUGGCCUUUGGUCUUUUCCAACUGAGAUACCCAAUACGUCUGUGCCAGCACGCAUUACGAAUACCAGCACAGAGAUACCUACAGCGGUGAAUCAUAUACCACAAGGAGAACCACGAGCUUUGGAACCCGUGAACUUUGAAUCAUGCCAACCCACUCCACCUCAAACGCCAACGAUAUACGAUGAGCGUCUUUUAAGGGGGCUGUGGUAUGGAGAUUUGGAUCGCCAUGCCGCCCUGAAUGCAUCCCUGCCUGCGCAGCAAACAGCACUUUUAUGGAUCCGCCAAGUAUUGGAUCAGAACCCGGGACUGGAAACCGAUUAUGAAUUCCUUUCCAACCAGGUUGACCCAAGCUUUGUGAAUGAUCCUGUCGCUCUUUCGAGAGUGGACCAACUGCUCCGUUCCACCCUGCAGUCGUAUCCUGGUUCGAAAUCCGGCAUUCGGAUACCAUAUUUUGCCAACGGUCAAGCUGCUAAAUCUUUGCAGAUUCAGCAAUAUCAAGACCGAUUGGUUUCCGCACCGUCACCUCAGGAUGGUGAGAGCGAGACUGGAAGACCUGAAACUUUUAUAUCGGGCCCAUAUCCUCACUAUCCUGUGAUUCCACCCUUGUCAUCAUUCAUGCCCUCAUCAAACGUCAAUGCGAUCCCUGCAUUCUACUCUGGCGAUCCAAAUGUCUUGGCCGAUACACCUGCGUACUUUCCACCGUCUAGGUAUUCCUUUACGGAUCCAGCACUGUAUUCGUUACCAACGAACUUGGAGCCACCUGCAGACGUUGGCAUGUACGGAACACGAGACGUCCUUGAAAUCUAUCAUCCGGCUGCAUGGAGCACAAACGAUAUGUUUUAUGCAGAGGUAGACAACAUGCGUUUCCCUAGACAUGGACAUGUUAAUGGUCGGUUUGCAACACAAUUUGAGGUGCCUGUGGUGGCAUUUACCGAUAUAGAGCGAGUUGAAGCGGAACAUAUAAUGGGCAGUACUGGUGGACUGUAUGGAUAGAUCGUGUUGGGGCAACUGUUGAGAUGAUAAUAAUGGGAUGUUCUUAUGCGACCUUAAUAUUUAGAGU